UCUCUUCAAAUCUUGGGUUUAAAAUUAAUUUUUUGCUGUUGGUAAACAUGGUCGGCAAACAACUGUUCAAGUUUUACCUCAGUUGAUAAUUGAGUUUAGAUCCCUUGCUUACUCCUUCCUGGAUUUUGUUUGAGUCUUCAUUUUAUUUUAUAUGAAAUAAAACUGGUUGCAAUGACUGCACAAACAGUAACUGGACCUGUCCCUGUGUCUCAGCUUGGAAGGACAUUGACUCAUGAACAUUUCAACAUAGACUUCCAUCAGUUCUAUUCAAGCCCUCCAGCUCAGCUCAGUGGCUUCUUUGAGGGAGGAAUUACCUUGGAAAAUGUUGGCUAUGUCAAGCAAUGGCCGUACAGUAGUAAGUACAACCUGGACUUCAGUGGUAAAGAGGUGGAGAAUGCAGUAGUUGAGGAGAUGAAGUUGUACCACAAGUUUGGAGGAGGAACCGUUGUCGAGAACUCCAACAUUGGGCUGAAUCGAAACACAUCUUUGUUGGUCCGAGCCAGCAAGGAGUCUGGAGUGAAUGUCAUUGCUGGAACUGGCUACUAUGUAGAAGUUUGCCAGCCAGCUGGUAACCUGAAGCUGUCAGUGGAGGCCAUGAGUGAGGUCAUGCUACAAGAGUUGACAGAGGGGUGUGUGGAGGAUACGACUGUCAAGUGUGGAUUCAUAGGGGAAGUGGGCAGUUCUUGGCCCAUCACUGAAUUUGAAAAGAGAGCUAUUGUUGCUACUGCAGAAGUUCAGCAGAUGCAGAACUGUGCUGUCAGUUUCCAUCCUGGACGAGACUCUCGCGCUCCGUUUGAGAUUAUGAGGAUCUACUUGGAGGCGGGGGGAGACAAGAACAGAGCGAUUAUGUCACAUCUUGAUCGGACUCUCACAGAAGACAAAGACUUGCUGGAGUUUGCCAAGCUCGGAUGCUUCUGUCAGUUUGAUCUGUUUGGAACUGAAUGCUCAUUUUACCAGCUGAACCCUUCUCUGGAUAUGCUCAGUGAUGCUCAGAGAGUAGAUAAAAUUGUUCGGUUGAUUACUGAAGGAAGAACAGCCCAAAUACUCAUGUCCCACGAUAUUCACACCAAACAUCGCCUGGUUCAUUUUGGUGGACAUGGUUUCUCACAUAUUCUUAACAACAUCACUCCGAAAAUGUUGAUAAAGAAGAUCAGUCAGAAGACGAUCGAUGACAUAUUUAUUAAAAACCCAGCUGCCUGGUUAUGUGGCCCCAGCUAGACAAGUACUGUAAAAGCUAUUAGCUGCUCUAUUGAGCAAACUGAACAAAAGUAUU